AUGGAGGAGCGACAAGAAGAAGAUCAAAGUUGUAUUCCAGUUGCAGUUUCAGGUGCCGAAGUUAAAAAGUCGGGGGUGACGAUAGCGUUGGUGCCGGAGGAUGUGGGGAAGCCGACGCUGAGAUUAGAGAAAGUUUCUGUUCAAGAUGGGAGUUGUUUGUGGGAGAAUCCUGUUUAUGAAACUGUGAAAAAUAAGGAGAUGAAAACAGGGAAAUUGAGUGAAAAAAUUUACCAUUUCGUUGUUUCGAAUGGAUCUUCAAAAGCAGGGUUUCUUGGUGAAGCUUCGAUCGAUUUUGCUGAUUUUGCAGCUGAAACUGAACCUGUUACAAUCUCCCUGCCCCUUAAGUUUGCCAACUCCGGUGCCAUUCUACAUGUUAGUUUCUCUCUCAUUGUCACCCCUAAAAAAAACUUCUGUGACGAUUCUAAAAUUGAGGGAGCAGAAGAUCAGAGAUGUGGAGAUUUGACCAUUUCCAGGGAGGGAAGCCUGCACAGCCAAGGCAUGAAUUACAGUGACAAUCUCCAAAAUUCAACAGAGGAUGGGGGCUUGGACACUGCCGCAUUAUUUUCACCUCUACGGAAAAACUCGAUGCCCAGAGCAGCUGAUACUCUAAUAGCCAGAAGACAUCCCAAGAGAAUGGCACAAGGGAUCAGGAGAUCCUGUCGAGAACUCAGAAGUGAAAAUGCUAUGUUAUCGAGGCAGGUAGAAGUAUCGGAAUUAGAGCUGCAGUCUCUUAGGAAACAGAUUUUGAAGGAGAACAAUCGGACCCAGGAUCUGUCGAGACAAAUUAGCGGCCUCAAAGAAGAAAGAGAUGCAGUGAAGAUGGAGUUUGAACGGCUCAAGUCAAAGAAAAAUAUGGAUGAGGAAGUAAGUGAGAGUGGAUCAGAAGAUGAGAAUGAGGGUCAAGGAUCUGCUAAAAGAAAUAGGCAGGAGCUCGAGCACGAGAAGGAGUUGAAUGCAAAUCUCCGUUUGCAGCUGCGGAAGACAGAGGACUCAAAUUCUAAUCUGAUUCUUGCAGUGAGAGACCUCAAUGAAAUGCUAGAGCAAAAGAACAGGGAAAUAGCUCGCCUCUCCAGCCAGAUUGAAGCAAGUAUGAGUGACGAAGAGGCACGUUCGAAUGAAAAACAUGAUGCUGAUGAAAUGCACAUUCUGAAGCAGACAAUCACAGACCUGAAUGCGGAGUUGGAGUUAUACAAGAAACAUAAGGAGGAAUUAGAGAUGCAUAUAGAAGAACUGAGCCAGGAAAAUGACAAAAUGUUCUCACAGUUAAAGCAAAACCAGCAACAAGAAGCAAUGAAGACAGAAAAUGAGAACUCAGAAUAUUUGGCUACCAUAAAUGAACUUGAAUCUCAAGUGCAAAGACUAGAGGAUAAAAUCAAGCAGCAAUCUGAAGACUACUCUGAGUCUUUAAUCGCCAUUAAUGAACUUGAAGGUCAAGUAAAGGAAUUAAGCAAAGAACUGGAGAACCGGACACAAGGGUUCAAAAAAGAACUUGAUGCGAUGAUACACUCCAAAACUGAGCAGGAACAGAGGUCUAACAGAGCAGAGGAGGCCUUAAAAACAACAAGGUGGAAAAAUGCUGCUAAUGCCGAGCGGCUUCAGGAAGAAUUUAAAAAACUCUCAGUUGAAAUGGCUGGUAGGUUUGAUGAGAAUGAAAAGACGACCAUGAAAGCAGUUGCAGAAGCGAAUGACCUGGAGGUACUAAAAAGAAAUCUCGAAGAAAUGCUCCAAGAAGCCAAUGAAGAGCUCAGGCUACUUAAAGAUCAGACUGCGACCGAACGAGAAGACUUUGUACCAACUGGAUCUCAGAGAAAAACAAAUAGCAGAAAUCAAGAGAAAGGAAGGCAGGAGGCUUUCUCAAAAGAAAUUCAAAUUCUCAAGACCGAGAUCGAGAAGCUCGAAGAGCAGAGAAGCCAAUUUUCUGAUCAGGCCAAGCAAAAAAGAGAUGAAUUGGAGAAAAAAAUCGCUUCAGCAAAGAAGGAAACAGAGAAAGCACAGAAGCAAUUAAUUAGUACAAGGUCUUUGAAGGAUAAAAAGGAGAUGGUGAUCUCAAAUUUGCAGUCAGAAAUGGAGAAUAUUAGGGAAUGUAAUGACUUGAAACAUAGAUUGCUCCGAGAAGAAAGGGAGAAAGAAAAACUGAGAAAACAGGUAUCUCAAUUAAAGAAUGGCCUACAAAGAAGGAAGAAGAAGUCAGCUAUACAGAAAGAACUCAAAAGUACCAGUGGUCAAAUGGACAUCACUGCAAGGAGUGGCCACUCUGCCGUGGCACCUCAAGAGUCCAAAGAUAUCCUCCAGAGAAGGGAAGUAACCUCAGCAAUGAUUGAAGAGCUAGAAAGCGUCAUGGAACAACUCAAAAUAUGCCAUUGUUCUUCUGCAGAUCAGUGUCAAAAGGAACAAGGAAAGUUGCGAGACAAGCUCCAUUCGAAGAUGACCACUGCUGAAGGCAAGUGUUCCUCGACAAUAGUGGUACCAGUUGAAAGCAGUGAUGCUAAUAUUGCUGAAUUGCUAAGUGAAAUGGAAGGUCUUAAGGAAAGGAAUAAAUCUAUGGAGCGUGAGCUAAACAUGGAAGACAGAUAUUCAGAAAUAAGCCUCAAAUUUGCAGAAGUGGAAGGUGAACGACAGCAACUUGUAAUGACAGUGAGAAACCUUAAGAAUGGCAAGAAGAACUAGCAUGUUCAAAGG